CAGGGAUUCCCGACGGAAGUUGCAAUGGACACGUACAUCGCAAACGCCACCCUAACAUCCGCUUCCGGAACGCAACUGGCAGUCAUCUUUAACAAAGCUCCGGAAAAUGGUUCGGUGCCGAGGGACCUGUCUUACACGGUGCGCUUCAACAGCACCGUUUAACUUCUACACGGGCGACCGGUAUCCCCUAUUGAAAACUCCGGGGCCCCGGGAAGACCUCUCCGAUUUGUACAGACAAAUACUUUGGGGCCUUCAAGACAAGAUGUUUAAAAAGCACGUCGACCUGCUCAUCAAUGACCGGAAACUAGCGAAGAAGCCUCCCAAGAUUAUGAUGAACCGGUUUCCCUAUCCCGAAUACAACGACGACUCCCACUUCGUCGUCUUGUCGCGCCUGAUCGCCAUGUUUGUCGUAUAUGGCUAUCUUGUGUUUUCCCCCAUCUACGUGAGGAGGGUCAUCACGGAAAAGUCCAGUCGUGUCCGGGAGCUGAUGCGCAUGAUGGGACUGACCGACUGGGUUUACUGGAUCGGCACGUUUGCCAGUGGCUUUCUCGUGAUGGCCGUGACGUCUGUCAUCAGCCUCGUGCUGUUCAAGAUCGAAGUGGCGCCCUUGGCUGCAGUGUUGCUGUACAGCGACUUCUCCCUCCUUCUCUUCAUCAUGCUGCUCUACGCCACGGGAGCCAUACUGUUCCUGUUGCUGUUCACCAUAAUCUUCAACAACGCGGUGGUCGGCGUCAUCUUCUCCACCGUGGGCUGGGUGCUGAGCUACAGCCUGCCGACGACGCUUUUGGACCCGCUGGGUCAGGACAACUACAUGGUCAUCGGCCGCUCGGUCAAACUGGCCACCUCCCUGUUCCCCAACUGUGGGCUCUACUGGUGCUACAGGCUCAUCUCGUACUUCGAAGGACAGGGGAUUGGUGCCUCUUGGACCAAUAUAAAUAAUCAGGCGGUGCCCUCCGACAAUGUCACCCUCCUGGAAAUUAUGCUGGUCAUGAUCGGCUCCGUCUUCAUCUACGGCCUGCUGUUGUGGUACCUAGACAAUGUGUGGCCUUACCAGUAUGGCAUUCCGAAGCACCCCCUGUACUUCUUGCAGAAAUCAUAUUGGUACUCGUCUACCGACUACGACAGCGGCAGCGAUAUGGAAGCUGUGGACGACACUUCGCCCGACGUCUUUGAGGCGCCUCCGCACAACGUUGAGACCACCAUUUCGUUGUCGCACGUCACCAAGAUGUUCCGUGGCACCAACAAGAAGGCAGUUGACAACCUUUCCCUCAAGAUCUACGACGGGCAAAUCACCGUCCUGCUUGGCCAUAACGGCGCUGGGAAGACGACAACCAUGAACAUGAUCACUGGCCUGUUUCCACCAACGGAGGGACGGGUUAAGAUCAAGGGCUACAACAUCCUGACUCAGACAAAGAAAGCCCGCGAAAACUUCGGCCUGUGUCCUCAGCACAAUGUCCUCUUUGACGAGAUGACAGUAGAAGAGCACCUCUACUUCUUUUACAGUCUCAAGAGCAGUCCCGAAAUUGCCUGGAAGGAGCACAUUGACACAAUCCUGUCAAAUCUCGAGCUGUCCGACAAGCGACGGACGCUCGCCAAGGGCCUUUCUGGAGGCAUGAAGCGGAAGCUCUCCCUGGCGAACUCCAUGAUCGGAGGUUCCAAGAUCCUCAUUUUGGACGAGCCGACGGCAGGGAUGGAUCCGCAAGCUCGUCGUGCGGUCUGGACGCUUCUCCAGGAGCUCAGGCGGGAGAAAACGAUCCUCUUGACGACGCACUACAUGGAGGAGGCGGAUGCGCUGGGGGACAGAAUCGCGUUUGUGGCCGGAGGGAAGCUGCAGUGCUGCGGAUCACCCAUCUUCCUGAAAAAGAAAUUCGGAACGGGGUACCGCAUGCGGAUAGCCAAGGCACAUCCCUGCGACCUUGAGGCCUUGACCCAACGGAUCACGGGGACAGUCGUGUCCAGCCACAUGACAUCGGACAUUGGGCACGAGGUUGUCUACAACCUCGGUUUCCCUCCGGCCUCGGAUGUGAUUCCCCUCCUGAGGUCCCUCGAACAAGACAAGGAUUCGCUCGGCAUUGCGAGUCUCGGGAUCUCGGUCACCACGAUGGAAGACGUCUUCAUCAGGGUUGGAGAGCUGGCAGACAUGAGUUUGGACAACAGUAGCACUGCGUCGUCGAUGAACAAUGGCGACAUGAUCAGUGUGCUGUGGAAGAAAGUCGAAAAGCACUGCUUGUUUCUUGCAGACGACGCUUACCCCCGGUUCCAGCGCGUCCGCGGACGCCUCCCCCUCCUCCUCCAACAGACCGCCGCGCUCUUUGCCAAGCGCGCCAACGCCACCCGCCGCCAAUACUUCCUUCCCAUCCUCACCAUCCUCAUCCCCAUCGCCCUCUUCAUUGUCUACGCGCUUUUGGACAUCAAAGACGCACAGAUAAGCGACUCAAGCUCGUCUCGACUCGUCUACGACCUCGGGCCAUUUGCCGGCUCGACGGUUGGCUUUCUGGACACGGUCGAGCCGGUGGUGCGGCCGCUGACGACAUUGUACGAGCGCGCGAUGGCGGCGCAGAAGGUCGACGUGAAAGAAAACGUGGGAGACCCGAACGAGUUCCUUCUGGACAUUGCGAGGAAGAGCUUGUCGGAGUACGAGGGCAAGUACCUGGUCGGCGGAAGUGUGGAGGGCGUCACAAAGCUGGUAGCGUGGUACAACGGAGAGCCGCUUCAUUUGGGCGCCAUGUCUCUGAAUCUGGCGCACACGGCGGCGCUGAGGUACGUCACUGAAGAGGACGACGCCGUGGUCUCAGUCACCAAUUGGCCGCUCCCGGGGAAGCUGGGCUACCAGCUCUUUGCUGGCAUGUAUGACCAGACAUCUCGGAUCCUCUGCUCGGUGUUCGUGCCAACGGCGCUGGCGUUUCUGUCGUCCUCUUUCGUGCUGUUUCCGACGCACGAGCGCGUCACCAAGGCCAAGUUGCUGCAGCUGAUGGCCGGCGUUCCCGGCGUCCUCUUCUGGGGCACCACCUUUCUCUGGGACUUCCUCAUCUUUGCCAUCUGCAGCACUGCGAUCAUGGUGCCGCUCCUCGCCAUCAACCCCAACGGCAUCUUCCUGUCGAGCGCCGGGCUUGCAGGGGCCACCUACUUCCUGUUGCUUUUGUAUGGCUGGGCAGCCAUUCCCUUCAGCUACCUCUUCUCGUACGUGAAGAAAACGCCGUCGGCUGGCUACGCCCUGUUGACCACGAUCAACGUCAUUACCGGCGUGAUGCUGAGCAUCGUGAUAUCCGUAGUCUUCUUCCUGGGCAAGCUGAAGGUGUUUGGCAUCGACGAAGAGGCCCUGGCCAAGUCCAUGUGGGCCCUGAGGCUGGUGCCUGGGUUCUCGGUUACCUGGGGCUUCGCCAACAUCCAUGAGAUCGGCGGAGACCUCCGCAGGUGCUCCCAGAUCCCGGAGGCCAUGCUCAAAAGCUACUGCCCUAUGGCGGCGGUGUUCAACAUUGAAGUCUGCUGUCAACCUUGUCCGGAUGGACAUGGACACUGCUACGUGCCCCGGUCGGCGUUCAGCUUUUCCGAGUUUGGCGCUGGGAGGGAGAUGGCACUGCUCUUUAUUGUUGGGAUCUUCCUGUUUGCGCUGCUGGCCUUUUUUGAGUCCAACGUCUACGGCAUCUGGUACUCCAUCAAGUCCUGUCUUGGCAGGAAUGGCAGGGACAUCGGAAUCACGCAAAGAAACAUAGAAAUGGGGAAUGAAAGUGCGUCAGCGGUGGCGGAGGACACCGACGUGGCAAAAGAACGGGCGAUAGUCGAGGAACUGAUCAGGACCAGCCGUGCAGACGACGAAGCCCUGGUUGCCGUCAACCUGAAACGCUGUUUCAAGACGCUUCAGGCUGUCGACAACCUGACAUUCAGAGUCCACAAGAAUGAAUGCUUCGGUCUGCUCGGAGUCAACGGCGCCGGAAAGACGACGACCUUCAGGAUGCUCACUGGAGACCUGCCCAUGUCGUCCGGCAAUGCGUACAUUGGCUCUGCCGACCUGCAACAUCAACUGAAAAAGUUCCAGUCGAUGAUCGGCUACUGCCCGCAGUUUGACGCUCAAAUCGAUAAGCUGACCGGUCGAGAGACGCUCGAGAUGUUUGCCCUCAUCCGAGGGGUCCCGAGGCAGCACUUGUCCAACGUCGUCAACUACAUGAUUUCCCUGGCAGACCUCGAACAGCACGCGGACAAGCCAACCGAGGCCUACAGCGGGGGCAGCCGGAGGAAGCUUUCCAUAGCAAUGGCGCUCAUCGGCAAUCCUCCCGUGGUGUUCCUGGACGAGCCCACGGCAGGGGUGGAUCCCGCGGCGAGGAGGAAGAUCUGGCAGGGCCUGGACGACGUGCAGAAACUGAUGGGCGCCGCGGUCAUUCUCACCAGUCACAGCAUGGAGGAGUGCGAGGCACUCUGCCAGCGGAUAUCCAUCAUGGUGAACGGGUCGUUCCGCUGCAUGGGGUCCACCCAGCACCUCAAGUCCAAGUUUGGACAAGGGUUCACGGUGCUGGUGAAGCUGCGUCACGACCAGGCCGUCGCUGCCACUGCGUCGGCCGUUGCAGACGUUUGUAACGCCAUGGAGGAUGCUUUCGGCGGUUACUGUCAACUCCGAGAUUCUCACCAGACGCUGCUGCAUUUCCACGUGACGGACCUCAGCAUCAAGUGGAGCGACCUCUUCGAGACCAUGGAGGAAAUGAAGCAGCGUCUCCGGUUUGAAGACUACAUCGUCAGCGACACGACGCUGGAACAAAUUUUCCUGGCCUUUGCCCGGGCGCAGCGCGACGCAGAAGACAACUCCGGCACGAUGCGCGUCAGUGCCUGAGGUGCAAGGAAAGGCAUCGUCAGCCUGCUGUCGAACAAUCCUCAAGAGAGUUGGUGCAGCUUCCAUUGUGACAUUGUGUGUCUUAUGAGUUUGGUUGCCCCAUGGUGCCGCUUGCAAGCUCAACUGUCCCGCCUUGUGAACUGCCAGUGUUGCCGUCCGUGACAGCUGCUUCGUAGAACAAGGAAGAAUGCCCGAGAUAGGUAAUUUUCAAGGAAGAAACGGAACAUUGGGUUUUGUCGUUACUCGUAAGUUAUUUUCGUGGACCUCGAAUAAUAGGAUCAAAGUUUGGUGGCCUAGCCGCGACUACUUACGGUGGUGCGGGCACAAUGCAAUCUUGAGUGUUUACAACUGUCACAAGUUGAAACUUCCUUGGAGUAUGUUCAGUCUCUAGGUAACAUGCUAAGAGACAAUGUUAUGCAUUCCUUUAGUAAGGCAGUGUUAAUUGCUGUAUUUUGCACAACUGGAAGAAAUUAUGGGGGAAAGAUGUUCCCAGAAGAAAUAGUUUUUAUAAUGUACUUACCUCUUCAGUUCAGUACAGCGCCUGGUCCACGAUGAACAAACAACAAGUGAACUUCAGAGAUGUAAAGGUGUGGAGAUUUUAAGCAUUAGAACUUUGUGCUUCUUGGUUCGUUGUGACUGGCGUUCAUGGUAGGCGGUUGCAUAAGAAGCACUUCAGCGCCGCUUUGUUGCAGUGCUUUGUGUUGGGAAUUCCGGCCAAGUGAGACUCGAAUGCCUUUUAACUUUGUAUCAUAUAUACCAUGCAUAUAUAUUUAGUACUCUUUUUUUAAUGUAUUCUUAUUCAAAAAGUUAUUGUAUGAAUAUAUUAAAAUUAAUCUACAAUGAUUUUACAGUGCAAUCCACUUAUAACGAUAACAAGAAAAACUGAAAUUUUAAUUGUUAUAACCAAUUAUCGUUGUAUCUGGACUAGAAUCUGAUCAUUUCUAGACUUCAAACUCUAGAAACUGAUCGUUAUAAGCAAUACAUCGUUAUAUAUGGUAUCGUUAUAAAUGGAUCACACUGUAAAAGGUAACAGUCCAAAUUUACACCUAUGUCUAUUGAUGUUUUAUUAAACUCGCUGUAUAUUUUUACGGCGAGGUUCAUUAUUGUUCAGAUAAAUUCUGAAAUCUUCAGAGAUUAAGUACCGGUUUUGAUCAAGUUAACUGUGGUUCAAACUGCAUGAUGGGGUCAAAGAAUUGUAGUGCCUUGGCUGUCAAGUUUAAAGACACUACACUGCUUAAAUUUUUUUUUCAUUCAUUUUAGUUUUUGUUUUUAUUUAUUCUUUAAAAAAUAUGAAAGUAUGCACGUCAUGGAGAUUAAAAGGUUUCUUUGCAAGCCGGAAGGUGGGUUGUACUGAGACAGUUUGGCGGUAUGCUGUGACGUGUGUGCCAUGUCUCAUAUUUCCCAUUUCUAUAAGACUUUUUAUAACCUACUAGUCAUGUUAAACUUUCUUUUUAAUUGGUGUCUUUGUAUUCAUUGCUGAUACAUCUGUAUUUUGUCAUUGUUUCAAGGGGCAAUUGUGAUAUUUUCAGCCUCAUGCUUUGUGCUAAAGCGGUGGUGUAUUAGCGAGCAAUGUCGUCAUUAAAAAAAAUCAUGUUAAGGAUUAAA